CAAGCAACAUAAGUCUAUGCAAAUGCAAACAAGAGGUUGUCGUACGUACUCAAACUGUCUAAAUUUGAGAUUCAUCGAUGGGCCACGUCACUUAGAACACCUUGAUUCGUUAAGAAACAUGUCCAGGGAUCUACAUGGAAGAAGCUUUGCUAGAGAAUGUGGCAGCCGAAAAGGUAAAUUUAUCAAAAUAGCUUCAGGGCCUUGUGUACGCCAUAGAUCGUUUCACAGGGCAUUUAUCGAGGCAUCUAGAUGUAUCCAUCUCGAUAUUUCACCUUUACUAUGUAGUGCUGAGUUUUGUUAAGAUUAUUUCCUUUACGUUUGGGAUUCUGAAAAUGAAAUUCCGAUCGAUGCCAACAACUUGCACUUCUCAAAGUUUGUAGAAUAUUUUUUAGGAGAGAGCAUAAGAAGCGAAUCGAUAAACAAUUCUUAAAGCAGAUAUUACAACUGGCCUUAAACUCUUCGCUUUUUUAAGCUCUUUUAGCUUCUACAUGUAGCUUCUUGCUAAAUGAAUGUUUUACUCAAGCGUUCUGUCACCAUCAGCUCAUGUGUUUCUAGUAGAAGACAUAACCGACGUUGAUAAUAUCGAACGAAGGAAUAUUCUUUGCGACCGUCAGUAGUGAGGAGACACAUCCUUAUAUUUCUGACUUGGAGAAACCAGGCCGGUUUGAGUUAUGAACGCCUGUAAUCGUCCAAUUCAAGUACAUGCACGUACAACGUACACCCCUGGGUUUUUUUUCUGUGUAUUGAAGAUGUCUGCAAGUUUAUGCGUUUCUUAGCUUUUCCCUUUGUUGUUAAAAUCGUAGAUAAACCUCAAGUAUGGUGCGCGUCAAAAGCUAACACGGUUGAUAACCCGCAGCCGCAGUCAUUGCGCGUUUUAUAUGACACACUACUCUUCUGCUUUGGGGAACAACGGAUCAACAAGCAACGCCUUGUCAGAAAACUUGUAAAGAACUCGCAAAUGAACGAAAAAAUAAGCCAGUAGUCAUAUCGAUUCUGAAUGUAUAAAGUCAAAUGAUGACUUAAAAGGCAGUGAAAGCUAAUUCAUCGCUUGAAUAUCGAUUACCGUACUUUAAAAUUGAAAAUACUACAUGAUUAUGAUGACAGUCAGAGUGUUCUCCCUUUUAUUCUCUUAUUGAGUGUCGCAAAUUUGAGAAAAACUGAUAUGGUCCAUGUCUGCCUUUUUUGUCGUCUUACAAAUUUGUUUUGCUCGUCAGUGUUAUGUUGCUUAGCUAGAUUAUUCUGUUCAAUAUCGCUCUUUAUAAAACUAAAUAGACCAACGAUUUGUCCAUUCAGGUGCUUCAAAAAACAUAUAAUGUAUAAUGAUUGGUUCUACAAAACGAUCUGGCAGUUAAUGAUUUCCAAACUUUUAUGCCUUAAGUAUUUGCUUUCAUAUGCAGAAAGAGAAACCGCCCUAUGUCCUGUAAUUAAAGCAGCUGUAUAACUCCCUAAUAUCCAGUAAAGUGGAACCUUGAGACUUCAAAAGCUCUUCUCCUGCUAACCGCGCUCGGUUAACCAACUCAAAUCGUCCACUGUCGUAAAUCUAGCUGUUGUGUUCUCUUAAUACCCUCGACAGCAAAUGUCGUGUUUAACACCCUUCUCGAAGGCAUUGGUUUUAAUUUCUUACUAGUCAUACUCCCAUAAUUCUCAUAUUUCUCAUUUGUAUACGAUUACAAUGCAAUAUUCGCGAACUCUCAUAGUUACGCGUGACGUCGUCUUUAUAGUUUCAUGGUCUUGUGAUCAUGAAAGUAAUAAUUACAAAAACACAAAUUAAAUGAAAACAAUGAUGGAGCGAGUUGAUCGUUGUGGUGUGACUUACGUUUUAUCUCUCUUGAAAAACGUAGGUUAAGAACGAAUUUCCAAGACAGAAAAGUUUUCUUCUGCGUCAAAUUUGCUAAAUGGCGACUGCAACACCUUCACCCCUGGCCAGCUCUCCAGAGAAGACAAAUGGAAACAAGCUAAGCAGGCUUCUCAUCGAUGGUGGAACAACAGUACUGAGGAAUGUGUUUGAUCGCUAUCACCCACCUGCCAACUUGGCUUCUGGUCUCAAAUCCAAUUACUCCAUUCUUAACAACCUUUUGCGUAGAAGAGUUCUAAAUGGCCGUCAGUGGGACAAACUGUUCCCCCCUGGUGGAAAGCUACCAUAUUCUAACACAUUUGACAUCACCCUUCUGUUCCUUCUACUAACCAACAUUUGUGGUUUAUCCCCUCCCCUGACAGGAUGGCACACCAAGCCAUCCCCUGGUGAUAACUCUCUUGAGGCUAACCUUGCUCGCGUUAAGUUCUUUCGGAAUGAGUUGUAUGGUCACGUAACGUUCACGGGGGUUGAUGCGACAUCGUUCUCCUCCUUCUGGCAUGAAAUAAGCACCACUCUUUAUUCGCUCGGUUUAGAUCAAGCUGAAAUUGACAGACUGAAGGCAGAGCAGGGAGGAGAGGAAGAUUACCUUGAUGCCUUAAUUGAGUGGGCUGACAGUGAAGAGGACAUAAAAACACAGCUAAAGGAUAUCCAUCAAUCCCAGACCAAGACUGAGGAAACUAUUUCCCAAGUCCUUCAGACACAAUUAAAACUCAGUGAGACCCAAUGUAAAACACAGGACGUUGCAGAAGAAGUAUUGAAAGCGACGAAUGAAGCACAUCAGCAAAGUAUUUUACGUUUUGAGAAAGUGUGUGAUUCCCAAUCCAAAACCAUUCAUGCAGUGGAUGUAGUUCAUGAAUCAAUUCAAGAAGUCAAACAGGAAGUAAAAAGUUUGACGAAAAAGAGGAACAAGCAUGCAGACGAGGUGCUAAAGUCUCUUGUGAUGUCUGAAUUUAAAGGAGACAUCGAGUAUCAUGCAAAAAAGUUCCAAGAAGGAACUCGGGAGUGGAUCUUUAAAAGAAUUGAAGGCUGGUUAGACGACCGAAGCUUACCACAUAAGGUGAUGGUAAUCAGUGGAAAUCCAGGGAUGGGGAAGACUGUUGUCUCCGCUGUUGUUUCGCAGAGAAUGCAAAAGGCUGGAAGAUUGUCAGGGAGCCACUUUUGUCAGCAUAACAAUUCACGGUACCGAGAUCCACGUUUAAUGCUCCAGUCUUUGGCCUGCCACCUGUGUCAAGCGAUGCCAAGCUACAAAGAUGCUCUAGAGGAACAGUUGUCUAGAAAUCUGGGUAAAGACCUCAACAGCAUGGGUGUGGAAGAGCUUUUUGCGUUGCUGUUCAAAGAGCCUCUAAGCACAGUACAAGAUCCUGGAAGAAACACCCUAAUAGUCAUAGAUGGCCUCGAUGAAAGCGAAUACCAGGGACGUAAUGAGCUCCUUCAUGUAAUCAGUAACCACUUUUCUAUGCUUCCAGUUUGGAUUAGAAUUUUGAUCACAACUCGUCCAGAGAGGAGCAUAACAGAGGCAUUGCGACAUUUACAGCCAAUCGAGCUUGAACAAAAGCAAGAGGAAAACUUAGAUGACAUUCGAACCUUGUUUGAAAUACGGUUCAGCCACAAAAUUGGUGAAGAACAUAAAGAUAUUCUCUUGAAAGAGCUGGUUAAGAAAUCAGAAGGCCUGUUUAUUUACGCUUACUUUAUAGUGGAUUUUGUUCAAAAGAAUGUUUCAAUUCUUACCCCUGAUCAGCUGGAAAGGGUAUUUCCUUCAGGUAUUUCAUCCGUUUACUCGCGCUAUUUCAAACGGUUAGAGAAUGAACUUUGCAAAGAGCUUAAUGCAGAUGAGGAACAUUUUUUGCGUUUCCUGUGUGCAUUGACAGCUUCAAGAGAACCAUUACCAGUAGAAUUCAUUGCCAAAAUUCUAUACCCUGGAGAAAAGUCUUUGAGUGCGCAGCGAAAAGUUAAAAAAGCAAUAUCUUCCAUCUCUACACUGUUACCAGUUCGGGAGGGUCGUCUGCACUUUUUUCACAAGUCCAUCAAGGACUGGCUAGUAGCAUCAUCGCCCUAUGAACAACAUCAUUUCACCGUGAACGAGAAAGAAGGUCAUAUUGUCCUUUCUCAUCUUUGUGCUUCUGAAUUGGAUAGCGUGCAGCAAAAAGGGGUUCAUGGCAAACAGUUUUCGAAUACUGAAACAUAUGCUUUGCAUCAUGGUACUCAGCACAUGCUUAAGGUCAAAGAGCAUGACUGGGCGGACAAAACAAGAAUCAACAGUGUCACAGCAGAACAGGUCUACCGAUACGCAACAGACCUAGAGCUUAUUUAUGCAAAGCUUUGUGUUAAGAGCACAACAGCCAUAGAAGAUCUUCUUAGCCUCCACCGUGAGAAUUCCAGAAUAGUAAGCGAGGAAAGAGAUUUUGUUGUAACUUCUCUCCUCAGUCUUUUAAGAAAACACUCUUACAUCUUGUUUGAUCACCCUCACCUAUUUUUCCAGUGUUUGAUUAACGAAGGUACUCCUGAAUUAUCGUCUGCCGCAGCGAGGAUUAUUGAGUCAUCAACACCCAAAAUUCCAUGCAUGAAGAACUUAGACAAUGACAAACAAAAUGAAAAAGCCGUCCAAGGACGAUUUUACUGUUCAGAUAAAAUCGCAUAUUUUGAUGUUUCACCUGAACAGGAUUACUUGGUAUGCGAGUGUCAAGAUGAAACAAUUCAUCUGUUUUCCCUGCAUACGGGUACCAAAGUAUGGGUUCGACCAUCACCUAUAAAGACUGUAAAGAGAGAGUAUGGUUCUAGAGAAUUACAUGGGAGUGGUGCAUAUCGGCGAAUUAAGCAUUCCCUGUCAUUCUUCCAUUCUGUCAUCUUUCAUCCAAAUGGGAAGUCGGUACUACCAGGGACUCUUCGAUAUGUUUACACCAUAAGUGGAGAGAUAGAAGAUCUUUUCCCCGACAGCGACUGUUCAUUCUCAAAUUGUGUCGUACGUUCUCGGUUUGACAAGAACCUAAUUUUCACAACUUGCUAUACAGAGCCAAAGCGGAUGAACAUUUGGGAUAUGGAAAAUGGCCAAAAACUUAAAUUAAUCGAGUGCAAUGACGAAAUUUCUUCCUUUGCCGUUUCUGAAGAUGGGACACGUAUCGCCAUUUGUGACAUUACUAAUAAAAUUACUCUUUUUGACGAAGAAAACCAGUUUCGUUUUCUACAACUCGGGAUUGAUGAUUAUCAAUCGGUAUGUGGAUUGAUGCAAUUCACAUCCGACAAUAACACCCUUGUUUGCUGCUUUCUAUAUUGGCAAUGUGAUCAAGCUCACUGCCGGUUAGGAGAAGAAAGAAAACCAAUAUUUACCUUCAUUAGGUCGGUAAAUAACAUUUCUUUACCUGAUCCUCAUUUUGAGCCUCUGAAAUUUAGAACCUUUCUCUUGUGGCCCUCUGUUCCACCAAACACUUUGACUGAAUACACUUUCAUGGGACAAAAUGAAGAACCUUCCUGGGUGUCGAAGGCGCAGAGAGAGAUUCCAUAUUUGUUCUCAGGUUCCUACAUCAGCCUUAACGAUGAAAAAGUUUUAAUUGGUAGCCCAGAUCACAAAUACGUAACGAUGUUAAAUGCUGGUCUACUGCAAAGCAAGUCCGACUCGACUCACUCCUCGAACGUUAACAUGGGUGUCAGGAAGAUUAUUUUUUCUAUGGAAGGCGAUGCAAUAUACGUCGUAAGUUCAGGCAGGUUUGUCUACAUUAGUUCAGAAGUGGUAGAGAUAACUAUCUGGAGAAUGACAAGUCGAGAAUUCCUGAAAACAAAGACAUUCUUUGGCCCUGUGUCGAUUGUUCCAACGAAGGAAGGUCUUGUACUCUUCAAAAAUGAUCGUGUAGCAGAGUUGUGGAAUUUCGAUCUGUCUAAGUGCAUCAGAAGUAUUGCUAAACUUACUAGUGAUACUACUGUUUUGUAUAAAGUAAGAAUGAUACCAGUAUCAGAUGAACUGAUAGCUUUCUUUUAUCCAGUGAAUUCUCAAAACUCACAGCAAAACGAGGACUCUUUCGAAUCGAAAGAAAACGAGGAAUAUUUAAACUUCUUUCUAAAAUUGUUAGGUAUGCAUGCUUAUCGCAUUGACUUUGUAGACUUAACCAGCGUUGGAGGAAAGCUUGUUUCCUCGCUAAGGAUUCCAGCUGACGCCAAAGAAUGCAUUGACUACAUCUCAUGCAGUCGUAUGGGUGAAGUGUUGGUUUGCAUAGUUGAAGAUAUGGGGGGGCCGAUAAACCACGAGAAGCUCACCGUACGUAGCUUAAGAAAGAAUGAACAAAUCAAAUGGGAACGAAGGACAGAAUACUUGCUCUCAUUGUCUCCAUUAACACAGCACAUGAUUUUCUCACCCACGAAUGAGUUUGUAGUCACGUGGAACACUCUCGACGGGGGCCAAGGUAUACACGUUCUUCAGGCGGAAACUGGAGAGACAUUGCACGUCUUUCUUAGAGACCAGAAAGACAUUAUUGAAUGUAAGUUUUUAGAUGAUGAAUCUCUCGUAUGCUGCAGUGGAGACAACUUCCUUCGAUUGUAUAAUGUCAGAACCGGCGAUCUUCUAAGCGUUCUAGACAUUGGAGAGCAACCGCUCUGUUUGGGAGCCUGUCUGAAUCAGCCUCUUGUCGCCAUUGGUUUGUCCGGCACAAGAAUAAAAUUCUUCCACGUACAGUUGCCAACAGAAUCUAAAAAGAAGAAUUAAAGGUGAGCUUUUCUCUACUCGGUCAAAAACAGGCGGCACAAGGUCAGUUUUUCGAGUUACUGUAACCUAACAGAUCGUAACAGUACCUAGACUCUAUGAGCAGUGUCUAAUAUUUCAGUCCGUGGAGCGAAAGGCGCGAAACACGCAAAUAACGGCACGCGCGGCUGUGGGUGCGGGUUCCCCCACGCGCGAGUACUUUCUUCACUAAAAAGUUGAAAGGGACUUUAAGAUCCAACGACGCGACAGCAACGAAAACGUCGCUUAAAAAGUGAAUUUGUGUUCUUCAUUCUUUAUCGCGAUUAUUCCUACUUACUUACUUGGUCAAAUGUACGCGAACACUGCUGAAUCUGAAUUCCAAGGGACCAUACUCAAGUUCAGAAAGCGAAAUAAAAUUUCUUCGUUGCUUGUUUACGUUCUCCAUAAAACACGAAAUUAGGCAUUUUCACGUCUUACUUGUGCAAAAACGGCAAAGAAAUGUACAAAAAAGCGCGAUGCCUGUGCAAAGUCCUUUUUUUAGGACGUUUUCGUUGCCGUCGAGUCCGGUUGAAUCUUAAAGUCCCUAAUUUGAAGAAAAUAUUGGGCUACUUGCAGCCCAAGCUAGGAGGUAUGAUUGAUUAUGGCUCCUGGCCUAAACAGUCUCCACACCACAACACAAUUAGUAGAUAUACGUCUACAGUGAAUAUUAUUCUUACAAAUUUUCGCACGAAAAUUCAUAAAUGGUAUUCCGCGAUUUUGGGGGAACAAAUACCGAUGUUACAAAGGGUAUAAUACCAUUCUUUGAUCUGCUUAUGAAAAGGAACAGCGCCAAAAUUAAAGAGAGAGCCGACCAUAAAGUUAAGUGAAUGUACCAAAGACAGUUUUGAAAGAUUUGUACAUUAGGACACAGAUGAUAGUGAAGCAGGGAGAAAAUAUGGAAAAAUCUACGGAGAAGAAGAACAAUGUUUGAAAUUACCUAAAAUCAUCGUCAUCACGUCCACGACUUACAGCAACUUUAAAUUCUUUUGUUUUGUAACGUGACAUAGUACUAAAUUUCGCAACUUUUAGUUUUCUUCCAUCCCAGUUUUCGCGAGUUGUAGAUUUCGGGAUUGUUUUGAAUUUGCGAAAAACGCGAAUUUUAGACUUGAUAGCUACCAGCUUUCUUAAAUAACACAAGCGACGAUCUGUUUUCAGUUGCAGUUAUAAGACAAGUAAAUUGAGCAACUUCUGGUGGUCUGUCAUCAGCCAUUAGCCGGGCACAAAGAGCUGGAUUCUUCAAAUCAGUGACCAUGAUCCUUAUUUAGUAUUGUGUUUGACGAUGGAUAAAGAGCAUGAAAAGAAAUGAUUGCAACAGCUGGAAUUCAAAUCUAUCUAAUUGAAGAGCCCUGGAUGCAAGCUGCUACAUUCAGGAAUUGAAAGAGACAUGUAUAUUACGAACUA